AUGAAAAGCUGGCUCGGCCGCGGCAAAGGCGUUCGCUUUGGCAUAACUGUUACUUGCCUUAUAGCUUUUGUCUUGUUCGGUUACGAUCAAGGAGUGUUUGGUGGCAUUCUCCAAAAUGAAGAUUGGCUCAACCAGUUCGGCCACCCUUCUGACUCCAAGACGGGCAUCAUUGUCUCUUGCUACAACUUGGGUUGUCUAACGGGAUGUAUCAUCAACUUCUUUACCGCUGAUGUCCUAGGCCGGCGGAAGACCAUUUGGGCCGCCAUGGCUUUCGUCACCAUUGGUGCUAUCCUCCAAGCUUCUGCCUUCAGCAUCCCUCACCUUGUCAUUGGCCGUGUGAUUACGGGCUUUGGUACAGGAAUGAAGACCUCGACGGUGCCGAUGUAUCAAUCCGAGCUCUGCGAAGCCAAGUACCGUGGUCGUCUCAUCGCCUCCGAGUCAUUAUUCGUUGGCGUUGGAAUUGUCUUCGCAUACUGGUUCGACUUCGGCCUCUCUUUUGUCGGCGGCGCUAUGGCUUGGCGUCUUCCCCUCGCAUUCCAGAUCAUUUUCGCCCUCAUCGUCGUGGUUCUUGUCUUUGGACUCCCAGAGUCCCCCCGUUGGCUGUUUACCAACGGCCAACGUGAGGAGGCCAUUAAAGUCAUGUGCCACGUCUUCGACAAGAACCCCACGGACCCUUGGGUCAUCCAGGAGGUCAAUGCCAUUGAGCAGGCUAUUGAGCUUGAGUUCGAGGCCCAGGUCAGCUUGCUCGACUGCUUUAAGAACGACCGGGUUAAGACAGGACACCGUGUGCUUUUGGCGUAUUUUGCGCAAUUCAUGAAUCAAGUGGGGGGCAUCAAUCUCGUUGUAUACUACGUUCCGUCGGUCCUAGUUCAGAACGUUGGACAGACGGCCCAGACGGCUCAGAUCUUGGGUGGUUGCAUCCAGAUCAUGUUCAUGGUGGGCGCCAUCCUCCCCGCCCUCGCCCUCGACCGUAUGGGCCGUCGCAAAACCAUGAUGUGGGGCAGCUUGGGCCUUGGUUUCUGCAUGAUGAUGGUUGCGAUCCUGUUGUCACAGGCCAACAACGCUUCCAAUGGGGAUAAAUGUGCUACGGCGGCGGUUGCUUUCUUCUUCCUCUACCAGCUCAUCUUCGGCUUCUCUAUGAACUCUGUCCCCUGGGUUUAUGUCCCUGAGAUUCUUCCCCUCAAGGCUCGUACACGGGGUACUGCUGUCGGUAUCAGUUCUAACUGGCUAUGGAAUUUUUUUAUCGUCAUGAUAACUCCUGUUCUCAUCAACAGGGCAGGUUGGAAGGCUUACCUGGUUUUCAUGAUUACGAACUAUCUUUUCGUCAUCAUUAUCUGGUUUUACUUUCCCGAAACGAGCAACUUUACUCUAGAAGACAUUGACAAGUUCUUCGCCAGUGGCGAGAACCCGGUUGAUGUCGCUCGCUGCAUGACGAAGGAGAUGAAGGAGGGCCGAUACAGACAUGCGGGGGCCGAAUCUCUGGAUAACGAAAAGGGAGAGGAGCAACAGGAGGUUGAGCAAAAGGCGCAAGGUCAUUGA